AAUAUCCACAGACAUCAACUUCCAAGAAAUUCUUCAGAAUUAAUAUGGAUGAUGGUAAUCACUCGGACACUUCUAACACAAACGUUUCUGAUAAUGAAGAUUCAGUUAAACAGACAUCUGGUGCUAAGAAACCAUUCUCUUAUGAUAAAAAACCUUCGUCCUGUAAAGGAAAGUCGUCAAAGAGAAAUUUUAAUUGUGAAAUAUGUGAAAAGACUUUUGUGAAUUCCAGUAAUUUAAAAAACCACAAAAGAUUACAUACUGGGGAAAAACCAUUUCAGUGUGAGAUUUGCGGAAAAUCAUUGAAUCAGAAAUACCACCUGAUUCUCCACAGGCGUAGUCACACUGGAGAAACGCCUUAUCACUGUGAUAUAUGUGGAAAAUCUUUUAUUGAUAAUUGCUAUUUAAGAAGUCACAAACGGACACAUACCGGGGAAAAUACUUUUGACUGUCAAAUAUGUGGAAAAUCUUUUCCGCAUAAUUCUCGGCUUGUUGUUCAUGUACGAAGCCACACGGGAGAAAAACCCUUCCACUGUGAAACGUGUGGAAAAUCAUUCACUACCAAUUCUCGUCUUAGAGUUCACAAAAGAAUUCAUACUGAAGGAAAACCAUAUCAUUGUAAUAUUUGUGGGAAAUCUUUCUCGUUAAAUAUAUAUCUUGUGGGUCAUAAAAAGAUUCAUACAGGAGAAGAACCGUUCCAUUGUGAAAUCUGUGGAAAAUCCUUUUUCGAUAAAUCAAAUCUUGUUAGUCACAAAAGGGUACACACUGGUGAAAAACCAUCCAAUUGUGAUAUUUGUGGAAAAUAUUUUUACUCCAGCAGUAAUUUAACAAGACACAAGUUACUACAUACGGGGAAAAAACCAUUCUGCUGUGAAAUAUGUGGAAAAACUUACGUGAAUAACAGUGAUUUAAGAAGACACAGGCGGAAACAUGAUGGAGAAAAAACAUUCCACUGUGAAAUUUGCGGAAAAUCUUUCUUUGAUAAUUCCGAUCUUAUUGUUCAUAUUCGUAGUCACACUGGAGAAAGGCCGUAUCAUUGUGACAUUUGUGAGAAAACAUUUACCUAUAAAAGUUACUUGAAUAAACACAAACUAACCCACACAGGAGAGAAGGCUUUAAAUUGUGAAACGUUUGCAAAUGUGAAGUUGUAGAAUACCUCAACAUAAAACAGGUUGAAUAUUUUGGCCAGAUGUAACCGGUUUAAAUGC